AUGGACAUCGUGCGGAACGGGUCCCGAGCAGGGGAGGCGCGUACGCCCAUGUCUCGCGAGAAAAAGGCCUUGCUGAAAGACCAGCUGGAGCUGGUGAAGUACAAGUCCGGGGAUGGACGUUCCCGGUACACCAUCAAGCCGCGCGAGGGCCUGCUGAGCUUCGAAAAGGGGUCCUUCAUGGUGGUGCGGGCCAUCCAGCUGCUCUGCUCCCAGAACCGAGACACCAUCCUGGUGGGCCUUGCGGGCCCCUCCGGGUCCGGCAAGACCGCCUUCUCAGCCAAGAUCCAGUCCUUCAUACCGGACAGCGUGGUGCUGAGCAUGGACAUGUACAACGACGGGAGCAAGGUCAUCGACGGCAACUUUGAUGACCCCCGCAUCACCGACUUCGACACCCUGAUCCAGAACAUCACCGACCUGCGUGCCGGCCGCGCAGCGGAGGUCCCCAUCUACGACUUCAAGGAGAGCCGGCGCGUGGGAACGCGGCGCGUGGAGGUCACCUCCUCCCGCGUGGUCAUCCUGGAGGGCAUCUACGCGCUGAGCCAGCGCCUGCGCCCCAUGCUGGACCUCCGCGUCUCCAUCACCGGCGGCGUGCACUUCGACCUGGUCAAGCGCGUCCUGCGCGACAUCAACCGCUCGGGGCAGGCGGCGGAGGACAUCAUCCAGCAGGUCUCCGAGACGGUGUACCCCAUGUACAAGGCCUUCAUAGAGCCCGACCUGCAAGCCGCCCACCUGCGCAUCCACAACCGCUUCAACCCCUUCUCCGGGUUCAUGAGUCCUACCUACAUCCUCAAGUCGGCCAGCGCAGUGACCGAGGAGCAGGUGCUGGCCGUGCUGGCCGAGGGCGGCGACGGCGCGGCUGCGGUGAAGCAGGACACGACGGAGAGCUACGACAUCUACCUCCUCCCGCCCAACGAGGACGCGGAGUCGUGCGCCAGCUGGCUGCGCAUGCGGUACCGCGAUGGGCGCUACUCCCUCAUGUUUGAGGAGUGGGUGGUGGACGGCAGCGUCAUCAUCUCCCCCAGGGUCACGUUCGAGGUGCCCGUCCGCAUCCUGGGCGGCCUCAUGGCGUUGGGGUACGAUGUCGGCACCAUCAUGCGCCGAACCAGCCGCACCUUCUCCAACGACAGGGUGACCAUCAAGCUGGAUGCCAUCGAGGGCAUGGACCGCAGCUUUGUGCAGGUGCAAAGCAAGGAGAGGGAGGCCACGACGCGCCUCGGCGCGGCGCUGGGCCUGGAGGGCACCUACAUCCCGCACUCCUACAUCGAGCUGGUGCAGAUCGAGAACCUGACCACCUCCUUCCAGACCGUGACCGAGGACCUGAAGCGCCGGUUCAAGGUUUCCGGGGAGCCCCUGGACGGCCCGGGCCUGCUGGGCAGCAGCUUCUCCCACGGCAGCAGCCCGCUGGCCUCCGGCUCCUUCCGCCGCACCCUGGGGUUCGAGCUGUCGGGGUGCGGGGGCGGCAGCGGCACCACGCCCUUCAGCACCUCGGCCCCCGUGGCCGCCAGCCGCCUGCACAUGUCGCCCGGCAGCGUGGGCCAGGAGCGGGUGGGGUCCCGGCCCGAGGGCCUGCUGAGUCAGCACAUGGGCGCGGCCGGGUCGGCGCACGGCUCCAAGCGCGGCGGGCGGGAGGUGGAGGACACCGCCUCCUCCAGCAGUGGCGUCGGGAGCCAGAGCGAGGGCGAGGGCGGACGGGGCGGGGGCGCGCGGCUGGCUUCGCUGCUGGACAGCCAACUGCUGCUGGGCAGGCAGCUGGAGGAAGUUGCCCUGCAGCUGCGCCUCCUGCGCGAGGCCGGCGGCCGGAGGGAGCUCGGGGGCAUGGCGGGGGCUGCGCUCGACGGCGCUGCCGGGGCCUCACAUCCCCUUCCCGCGCCCCUGACUGCCCUCCUGCCGGGCGCCCUCCCGCCGGGCAUCCUCCCUGGCGUCUUUGGCACGGCAGCCGCUGGCGCGGCGGUGGGCUCCGCGCUCGCCCUGUGGGCGUGCCGCGGACUCGCCCACCAGCGCUGA